AUGAGCGAUAACGAAUACGCCAUCAAGUUCAGUAAAGGUCUCCUCGAUUCAGGCGCUCUCCAGAGUGUCCAGCUCGACUUCCGCAAGCCAGAGAGUCAGCCUGGCGAGGCCCAAUCCUCUUGGUGCGCUCAGAGCGACGGUAUGGUCUCCGAUCGGUCCCGCGAAUGUUACACUCAGCUCUCUUUAGAGAGCGCUACAUUGAGCAUGGAGCCGGCUUACUAUACUUGCCUUCAGCCUGACGAUCAUCCUCGUGAACGUGGUAAGCUGUACGUUGUUACGAGGGGCGUGCAACCCGGUAUAUAUUAUUGCUGGACCUGCGCAAAGCAUGAAGGAAAGGGCGCCCACAAAUUGCCUCCCAACACAGAUACGUAUUGUGAGAAGAAGUUCGGCGACGCGAAGGCCCGCGAAUUUUGGCGCCGUGAGCACGGCGACGGUAAGACUCGUUGCUGGAUUCCUCGCAGUAUGUACAUCUACAACGCCAUACACUGCACGAGCUAA